ACAUAUUAGAAUUGGGUCCUCACUUAGCAGGGAAUACAUCUCUUAGCAAUCACUGCGAUGAACUCAAUUUUUCACAAGCUGAUGAAUUCAGGCAUGAUUUUCCUGUCGCAAUGGAGAUCAGUGAACUUUAUGGUUUGGUUUUUAUAUUAACAAAAUUUGGUUGGUUGUUGCUAUGUGAUUUAGAAUCAGGAUUUCAAAUCAGUACAGUACGAGUCACCAACCAGAUUAUGUUCACCUCGUCUCUGACGCCUGACAGCAAAGGCAUUGUGGGAGUCUGUAAAAAUGGAAAGGUAUUGUCAAUACGAAUACAAGAGGGAGAAUUAUUACAACACCUACAAUGUAACUGCAAAAAGAUUGUCAUUGCGCAAAGACUUGCCAAGCAAUUUACAAACAAUGACAAGAAAAGAAUAUAUCCAGAGUAUCCAUUUACAAGAUACGACACUGCUGUCUGAUUCUCUCUAAUUGCAUCGUCGAACAAACUCCC